AUGUCGAAGCGCACCGCCGACGCCGAGGGCGAAGGCCCUCUCAAGGGCGGCGACCGCCCCGAGCAGAUGGACAUUGACGACAAGGACAUGGGCGAGUUCGAAGACGAGUUCGAGGAUGAGUUUGAGAGCGAGGACGAGAUUUUCGAGGCGGGCGUCGAUGGCAGGCCAGACGCCGAGAGGGAGGCCGACGAGAAAGCAGCUGCAAUGGACGUCGAUCAAGGCACAUUCAUUGUCGGCCGCAGCAAACUUGAGCCGGGCCAGACCCUGGCGCCCGACCUGACCACCUACGAGAUGCUUCACAACCUCAGCACGCCUUGGCCCUGCCUCUCCUUUGACAUCGUCCGCGACUCCCUCGGCGACAACCGAAAGGCGUAUCCGGCGACCAUGUACACGGUUGCGGGUACCCAGGCCGACUAUUCCAAGGCGUCGGACAACCAGAUCAUGGUCAACAAGUUCAGUGGCCUGAGCCGGAUGGAGAAGGAGGACGAUUCGGAGGACGAGGACGAUGACGACGAGGAUGCCGACCCCAUCCUGGAGAGCCGAUCGAUCCCGCUCAGCUCGACGACAAACCGCAUUCGUGCACACCAGAUCCCGAGCAGCGAGCCGGGGAGACCGCCGACGACUCUGACAGCCACCAUGACCGAGUCCUCCAACGUUUUCAUUCACGACGUCACUCCUCACCUGGCGUCGUUUGAUACCCCGGGAACGAUCAUCUCGGCGCAACAGAACAAGCCCAUCUCAACCAUCCGAGCACACAAGUCGGAGGGCUACGCCGUAGACUGGUCUCCGAUCAUUCCUAGCGGCAAGCUACUCACGGGCGACAACGACGGUCUCAUUUACGUGACGACGCGGACGGACGGAGGCGGCUGGGUGACGGACAACCGGCCGUUCCAGGGCCACAUGAGCAGCGUCGAGGAGCUCCAGUGGUCGCCAUCGGAGCAGUCGGUGUUUGCGUCGGCCUCGAGCGACGGCUCCAUCCGCAUCUGGGACGUGCGCUCCAAGUCGCGCAAGCCGGCCAUCACGAUGCAGGUGUCCAACUACGACGUCAACGUCAUGUCGUGGUCGCGGCAGACGACGCACCUGCUUGCCUCGGGCGCCGACGACGGCACCUGGGGCGUGUGGGACCUGCGGCAGUGGAAGACGAGCCAGGACAAGCCGCAGGCGCUGGCGAGCUUCAACUUCCACAAGGAGCAGAUCACGAGCGUCGAGUGGCACCCGACCGACGACUCCAUCAUGGCGGUCGCGGCGGGCGACAACACGGUGACGCUGUGGGACCUGGCGGUCGAGCUGGACGACGAGGAGAGCAAGGACACGGCGGGCGUCAAGGACGUGCCGCCGCAGCUGCUGUUCGUGCACUACCUCAAGGAUGUCAAGGAGGUGCAUUGGCACCCGCAGAUCACGGGCAGCCUGGUGGCCACGGGCGAGGAGUUUAGCGUUUUCCGCACAAUCAGCGUCUAG